AUGAACGGCUACGGCUCGCCCUACUUGUACAUGGGCGGCCCGGUGGCGCCUCCGGCGCGGGCGCCCCUGCAACGGACGCCCAAGUGCGCGCGCUGCCGCAACCACGGCGUGCUGUCGUGGUUGAAGGGCCACAAGCGCUACUGCCGCUUCAAGGACUGCACGUGCGAGAAGUGCAUCCUCAUCAUCGAGCGGCAGCGCGUCAUGGCCGCGCAAGUGGCGCUGCGCAGGCAGCAGGCCAACGAGAGCCUCGAGAGCCUCAUCCCCGACGCUCUGCGCGCCCUGCCCGCCGCCGCCGCGCCCGGCUCGGCUGGGGCCACGACCACGGGACACCCGGGAGCAGGAGCCGCUGCAGCCGCUGUCGCCGCCUCGGAGGGACCCCCAGGCACACCGCAUCGCCCGCCCAUGGAGCUGGCCGCCGCCGCCCUCCGCUGGGCUUCCGAGCAGCCCGCCGCCGCCCAGCCGCCGCAACUGCCCAAAGCAGACAUGACCGAAGAUCGACUGGGGGAUGCCGGCGGAGUGGACAGUGCCGAGACCUAUAGUGACAAAGACGCCGACCAAAGGAGCACCCCAGACUUGACUAAAGCCAAGAGUGGCUUCGCUCCAGAGAGCCCAGAGAUUGUGUCCGUGGAUGAAGGAGGCUACGCCAUCCAGAAAAACAGCAGCAGCGCCGACAGCAGGCCUGAGAGCCCCAAGUACCAACCAGAGCCAAACCACCUCCUCAUUGAAGGUCCGUCAGGGACAGUUUCUCUGCCUUUUGGCUUGAAAGCCAACCGGCCGCCCCUUGAGGUGUUAAAGAAGAUAUUUCCCAACCAAAAGCCAACCGUGCUUGAAUUAAUCUUGAAGGGUUGUGGGGGUGACCUGGUGAGUGCGGUUGAGGUACUUCUGUCGAGCAGGUCCUCCAUAGCUGGGGGGGACCGAACUUCUGCAGAAUCGGAAGGUCUGGUUUUGCCUUCAAAUGGACACCUCUUUGAACACACGUUGGGUUCCUAUCCCAUUUCUUCCUCCAAGUGGUCAGUAGGGUCUGCCUUCAGAGUUCCAGACACGCUGAGGUUUUCUGCUGAUGCUAGUAAUGUUGUGCCCAAUCCGCUGGCCGUCCCCUUACAGCACCCGUUCCCACAGCCACCUCGGUACCCGCUGAUGCUGAGGAAUACUUUGGCAAGAAACCAAUCCAGCCCGUUUCUGCCCAACGAUGUCACUUUGUGGAACACCAUGACGCUGCAACAGCAGUACCAGCUGAGGUCUCAGUAUGUCAGCCCUUUCUCCACCAAUACCACCAGCGUCUUCCGAAGUUCUCCAGUGCUUCCUACGCGGCCGUCGGAAGAUCCUAGGAUCUCCAUCCCUGACGAUGGAUGCCCAAUUGUCUCCAAGCAGCCUAUUUAUACAGAAGAUGACUAUGAUGAAAGAUCGGACUCCUCAGACUCUAGAAUACUAAACACAUCCUCUUAG